AGUUUUCCACGCUCGCUUCUUCUCAGCUCAGAAGAGAAGCCACUUCUGGACCAGCACAGCUCUGAAGAAGCCGCGGCCCUCAGCGUCUCUGCCGGACUGCACACGGGAUGAACUGGGCUGUUGUCCUCUCUGAAAUCGUUUCUGUCCCGCACCUUCAUGUUUGACUUUUCCGCGAGCUGGAAAGUGCGCGUUCUCUCCGAGCCUGGCUGCUGACUUGGAAAACUAAAAGCGUAUCCUAAAAGUGGAUGAGUGUGUCUUCAGUAUUUUGGUGAUAUUUCGCUGCACGCUGUUGUGAGAGGUUCCGACGCCAUGACCUCCUUGAAGAGCUGGCUCUGGAUGCUUUUCUUGUUUCCAGACCUGAGAUGUCGCGGUGAUCCAGGUCUGUCAGUGGAUACAGAUGGUCUGUCUGAAGCUCAGAGUGGAGCUGCACCCACAGCUGAAGGUUAUUUUCUGGAGUUCCAGGAGCCAGUCAACAACAUCACCCACUUCCAGGGUCAAACGGCCACGCUACACUGCAAAGUGGCAGGAAACCCACGACCGUCUAUCCGCUGGCUAAAGAACGAUGCUCCCGUAGUCCAGGAGCAUGGGCGCAUAACCAUCCGCAAGACAGAGGCAGGAUCCAAGCUCCGCAUACAGGACCUGGACACAACAGACACCGGCUAUUAUCAGUGCGUCGCCACCAACUCUCUCAAAGUCAUCUCUGCCACUGGAGUCCUGUAUGUCAAACUAGGACAGAUGCCCACACAUGGCCCAGAUGAACAGUCGCAAGAAAAAGGUUUUUGCCAGCCAUACCGAGGCAUUGCCUGUGCUCGCUUCAUCGGCAACCAGAGCAUCUAUGUUGAGUCGCUGCAGAUGCUGGGGGAGAGUGAAAACCGCAUCACAGCUGCCUUCACUAUGAUUGGCACCUCCACCCACCUAUCGGAUCAGUGCUCCAGGUUUGCCAUCCCGUCUUUCUGCUAUUAUGUCUUUCCUCUGUGCGAUGAGGGCUCUCGGGGCCCUCGCAGGCGUCAGCUCUGUCGAGAUGAGUGCGAGGCCCUGGAAAACAACCUGUGCCACACAGAGUACACGAUCGCCCGAUCCAAUCCCAUGAUCCUCAUGCAGCUGGAGCUCCCCAGCUGCCACCUGCUGCCAAGGCCGGGCACGUCAGAUGCUGCUUCCUGUAUGAGGAUAGGUGUGCCUCCACAAAAAUUGGGUCCAUAUUCCCCCUCAGACUACAGCUGCUACAAUGGAAGUGGGGCUGACUACAGGGGCACAGUCAGCAUCACUAAAUCAGGUCAUCAAUGCCAGCCGUGGAGUGCUCAGUACCCUCACAACCACCACCUGUCCCAGGAAUACCCUGAACUCUGGGGAAGUCACAACUUCUGCCGUAACCCAGGAGGCCAGAUGCAGGCACCCUGGUGCUUCACCCUGGACCCUCAGGUCAGGGUGGACCUGUGUGACAUCCAGCCCUGCAAGCCUCCAGAGAACCGCAGGAAGGAGAUCCUGUUCAUUCUAAUCCCUGCAAUUGCCAUCCCAUUGGUUAUCGCUUGCCUCUUCUUUCUGCUUUGCAUGUGUCGCAAUAAGCAAAAGGCAUCAACUGACACACCACCUCGCUGCCAGCUCAGUGGCUCACCUAGCCAGGACAUAGAGCUGUCUCUCCUCAAUCAGCAAAAACACCAGGCCAGACUACGGGAGAUUAACAUGUCAGCAGUACGGUUUAUGGAGGAGCUUGGCGAGGAUCGGUUUGGUAAGAUUUACAAGGGCCAUCUGUAUGGCACCGUACCUGGUGAGCAGACACAAGUGGUGGCCAUCAAAACAUUAAAGGACAAGGUUGAUGCCACUCUCUGUGAGGAAUUUCGCCAAGAAGCCAUGCUCCGCUUUCAACUACAGCACCAAAAUAUUGUUUGUUUGCUGGGUGUGGUCACCAAAGAGCUGCCAAUGAGCAUGAUAUUCACCAACUCCAGCCUUGGUGACCUGCAUGAAUAUCUGGUGAUGCGAUCCCCCAACUCAGAUGUUAGCAGCUCAGAUGAUGACAAGACAUUCAAAUCCACACUGGAGCAGGCUGAUUUCCUUCACAUUAUCACACAGAUUGCUGCCGGAAUGGAGUACCUUUCUAGCCAGCAAAUAAUCCAUAAAGACCUUGCUGCCCGAAACAUUCUGGUCUUUGACAAACUUAGCAUCAAGAUCCUGGAUCUCGGGCUGUUCAGAGAUGUCUACUCUGCUGAUUACUACAAUCUCAUGGGCACAAGCCCUUUCCCCAUUCGUUGGAUGUCCCCAGAAGCUCUUAUGUAUGGCAAGUUCUCCACCGACUCUGACAUCUGGUCUUAUGGCGUCUUGCUGUGGGAGACUUUCAGUUACGGUCUGCAGCCGUAUUGUGGCUACUCCAACCAGGACGUGAUAGAGAUGGUGCGCAGCCACCAGCUACUGCCUUGUCCAGAUGACUGCCCGGCCUGGAUUUACACGCUUAUGCUGGAGUGUUGGAGUGAAUUCCCAUCAAGAAGGCCUCGCUUCAAGGACAUCCAUACACGUCUGCGCUCCUGGGAGAGCCUUUCCAACUAUAACAGCUCUGCUCAGACUUCUGGCACCAGCAACACUACCCAGACAAGCUCUCUCAGCACCAGCCCUGUUAGCAACAUCAGCAUGAGCACAGCGAAUGCAUUGCGCUACACCAGCCCUAAAAAGAGCUUGCCAUUCCAUCAACCCCAGUUCAUGUCCAUGAAGGGUCAAAUGCAUCGGCCAAUGGUGCCCCCACAACUUUACAUCCCUGUCAAUGGAUAUCACCCCAUGCCCGCUUACCCAUAUCUGCAGAACUUUUACCCCAUGCAAAUACCCAUGCCCAUGUCCCACCAGCAGAUGCACCACCCACCACAAAUGGUUACCAAAGCUGGUUCUCACCAUAGUGGCAGUGGAUCCACAUCUACAGGCUAUGUCACCACUGCCCCUUCCAACAAUUCUGUCACAGAGCGAGGGGCUUUGCUUAAUGAGGACUCCAAGAUCAAUGAUGAAAACUUGGCUGACAAAGCGUCCCACGAAGAGCUGGACCACAACGAGGACCGGUCAGUGCCUGAAACAGAAUUGCUAGGUGACAAUGACCAUCCACAGACUGACAAAUUGGUGAUCCACUUGUCAGACACAUAAACGAGCUGCUGUUUGAAGAACAGUGGAGCUGAAAUAUUUUGUGAGCUGUGCUUGCCGAAAAUCCAAUAAGCAGCAUAAAGUGAAAUGAGCAAUUUUGUGGAAAAGUGACAAUGUUUUUUUAUAUGUUUCUUAGAUUGUGCUCUCAUAUUUUGUACCUUUCAAACUCCCGUGUCAGUGAUUAAGCAAAAGGAAUCGUGCACCAUUCAAAAGAAUCUAUGUUCUUGCCGUUGCUGUGCAACACAAAAUAUUUUCUUAUCCAGAAGUACUUUAAAGGAUGCCUUGACUUAAGAUAGAAGUUUUGCCUUCUCUGAUACACAUGGCUACGAGCCACUUCAUUUCACUUGUCAGCAAGGUUAUUGACUGGGAGGCUGGGAUUUAUGCCCCAACAAGCCGAUCGUCCCACCUUGGUUAUUAAACCUCUAAAUAUACAGGCACCCUGACCUACCAGUAGGAUUGCCGGAAAAAUAACACCUACUCCCGUCAGGCCUCCCUCCAAAGCUACUCUCCUAAAACAAAUUUUCAUGUGCAUUGAGUGCACUGGCAGAGUGCACGCACGUAGGCAGGUAGGUUGGUAGACAAGCAUGUAGGCCAGCCAUUCGGACCAAAUUGGCCACGUUUUUUAUUGUGCCACAGAUGCUGGACUUUUAAUAUUUUUGUGUCAGAGCAUUUGAUUUAUUCAUUGCUGUCAAGAUGUAAAGAAAAAUUGUGAAAGACACAAUCAUAGAAUAAAAGAAUGUUUGAGGAAUAUAAAUUUUAUAGGAGUAUAAAAGAACAGUGUAUGGGUAAUUCUGUUAGUAAUGUUACAAACAAAACAAAGAAUAACUCCUGAAGUCCACUGACUCCGGCUACAGCAAGUCCACUGGAAGCAUCUCUGAGCGUGUAGCAUGCCCCACGUUAUUGACUUGUUAUUAAUUUGUCCUUUUUGUGCUUCUACUACCUUAUUCCCAGGUCUCUGUGACCCCAUUUCGUUCCAUCAUCAGCAGGCUCAAUAUGCCAUAGGAUAGGAGCAUUUCAGAAUCAGAACAAUUUAGCUGCCUGAUUUUGCUGACAUGUUUAGAUUGAUUUGGUAAACAGUACAUGCUUUUUGUGCUUCUACUAUGAUUAAGUAGGCUACGUAGUUAAA